GAGAAGCAGUAGCAGCAUCAGCUAGUGGAGGAAAAACCACUUCAGCACUGUGACCCCAGAAACUGGGAAUUGGGAAUGCCUGGUUUCUGACCCAUGUCUCUAUGUGCUCUGCUCUCUGUCUUUGAAGGCCACUGAAAGCCUUUGGUGACUUCAUUGCCCUUGUCUGAGAGGAGAGGUCAACUGAUCCAGCAUUUAGGAUCUCUUUUCUUCACAAAAUCUGAGCUUUCUGUACUUGAAAUACAUACUAACAUGACUGCCUGGACUGAACAGUUUUACCCGGGGACCAUGCCAGUGUCUGCACAGAGUGCCCCGGAUAUGGAUGGGGAGCCCCAUACAUUGUCAGAGAAGGACUUCAGUAGAUGUUGGAUUGGGGUGUUCUGGUUUCAUUCUUUCUCAUCAAGGAGAACCAGGCAGCAACCUUUGGUGUCUCUGAGUGGCCAGGCGUACAGGAAGAUCUUCUGAUUCAGAAAUAGAGCUUAUUCCCUUCAUGCAGUAGGAAAAGCAGGGUUCUGGGUGAGUUUAUAGACAGCUACGUUAACUGACCACUGUAGCACUGGCAGUCUCGUGAUCACUGGUCCAUAGGACCUCAUUCCUACUUUGUUCAGUAUUUGGUAUGGAGUGUGUGUGAUGGACACCAAUGGGAUGCCUUAAGCCUUUUCAUGAGGGAAAUAUGAUGAUGUAAUCAGUAAGUGGUCUUUGCUUCCAGCCCUGCCAGGGCUCCCCUGGGACUGUGGGGCAAUCGUGGGGUCCUGCCCAAGGCUGGCCAUCUGCUGUCAUGGCCCUUUUCUUUCUUAAGUAUAGGUUCCAAAGAUGAGACUCAGAAACAGCGUGUCAUAUGCCCUGUAUGUUCUGGGAGCCCCACUGGCCCAUGUCCCUUGGAGUUGAGAAAUGACAGGGUACCUUUAUUGGCACAUGUCAUAGGAAGAAGUCACUGAGAUGACAGCCAUGUCUCCACUGUGGCCUAUGGACUUCACAUAAUGUGGGACAGCAUGACCCUCCAAUGCCGUGUUCUGGCUGCUUCUGGAAGGUGCUGUUAAGGUCUGGUCUUGGAGGUCUUUGUACAUGCUUUCUCCCUGUCUGGGAGGCCAUUUUCCUGCCUUCACCUUCCAUAGACUCUUUAAUAAGCCCCAAUCCCUCUGUGGUUUGAGGUGCUUGCCUAUAUACUCCUUAUGCAUCUGGCUUCUGUGUGUAUCACCAAGCCCAGGUUGGUCUAGAGUUGUCUGGGAGGUGGCUGAGGACCAGAGGGAGAAGGGUGCUGGACUUGUGGUGCUGUCUCUUUAAGGGUAGCGACAUCACAAGGCUGUGGAAGGUCAGGCAAUGUGGAACUCCGUGGUCUUCGGCUGUUUCUGUGGGGUCUGUGGGCUCUGUAUUUCCAUCUCUAUGGGGCCACAGGCCCUCUUGUGAACACUUUAGGACACCAUGGCAGAGGGCAGUGAGCUGAUGAACAGGCUCAUGAGUGAGAACGCAGACCUGAAGAAGCAGGUGCGCCUCCUGAAGGAGAACCAGAUGCUGAAGCGGCUGCUUAGUGAGAGUUGCCAGGAGAACUGUGGCCGAGGGGGCCGGGACCUGCUCUUUCCCAAGGCCCCUUCCUACCCUGAGGCCUGCUCCCCUGGGAGUGGAGCUCCAGAUUUUGGACGGUUUGCCAGUGUCCCUGACACACCCUCUCAGCUACAGAUAUCUUCCUUGGAGGACCUGCUAUGCUCACAUGCCCCACUCUCCAGUGAGGACGAGGCCUCCCCAGGCUGUGCAUCCACCUCUCAGGUGCCUUUCAAGGCCUUCCUCACUCCUGCAGAACUACAUGCAAGAAUUGCCGACAGAAAGAUGUCCCCACUCCUGAGUCCCUUGCAGGAUUCCCUGGCUGACAAAACCCUACUUGAACCCAGGGAUAUCGUGCGGCCUAAGAAGGUGUGCUUCUCGGAGAGUAACCUGCCCACUGGGGAUAGGAGCAGGAGGACCUAUUACCUCAAUGAAAUCCAGAGUUUUGCGGGUGCGGAGAAGGACGGCCGCAUUGUCGGGGAGAUUGCAUUCCAACUUGACCGGCGGAUCUUGGCCUAUGUGUUCCCAGGAGUGACACGCCUCUAUGGCUUCACAGUAUCCAACAUCCCUGAGAAGAUCAAGCAGACAUCUAUCAAGUCCCUAGACGGCUCAGUGGAUGAGAAGAAGCUUCGUGAGCUGACACAUCGCUAUCUGACUCUGACAGCCCGGCUGGAGAAGCUGGGGUACAGCCGCGAAGUACACCCGGUGUUCAGCGAGUUUCUCAUCAAUACCUACGGCAUCCUGAAGCAGCGUCCGGACUUGAGGGCCAACCCACUUCACAGCAGCCCCGCUGCGCUGCGCAAGCUAGUCAUCGACAUUGUGCCCCCCAAGUUCCUGGGUGACUCCCUGCUACUGCUGAACUGCCUGUGUGAACUCUCCAAGGAGGACAGCAAGCCGCUCUUCGCCUGGUGAGCCGCUCACCUCACCCUUCCUGCAAUAAACGUGUUUAUUCCAAACCCGGGGGGCCACCCAAGUCCUCCAGCAUGGAAAGCUGUCUGCCCAGCUACAGUGGGGAGAGGCCUCCUCCAGGUCUGCGCUUGCCCUGUGCACCCAGCAGGUCCGGCCGCUCACAGUUGCCGGGCACCUGUUGCCUUAUUAAAAGCUUAUUUAUUCGUU